AUGCACGCGUUUUUUCUAUUACUGAUCACAGCCCCAGUUUGGUGUUACAAGCCAGAAGAAGCUCUUCGGUUAAAUGUGCCACUUUGGGAUGUGAAUGAUCUCUAUUCGCGGAUAUCGAAUGCCUUUGGGGCAGCGAGCACCACUCAAGCACCGCAGGGAAAUCCAACAGAUGCCGGCGCUUGGGACGCCUAUUACAAUGCGCUUAUGCAGGAAUAUUACAAAAAAAAGCAAGGACUCCUUUCUGGAAGCGAUCUAGCGGCAGCUGAACCUUUACCUUUGCCUGUGCCUGUGCCUGUUCCAAUGCCAGUUCCUCGACCCCCGCGACCUCCGCGACCUCUACGACCUCUGGGGCCACAGAUUCCGAAUCGACCAAGACCCAGGCCAUCAAGAAGACCCACUAGAAGACCAACGACAACCAGACGAUCAACUACAACCACUAGAAGAACAACAACCACACGGAAAGCCACAACAACUUCGUCCACCUCAACGGCAUCGCCAGUAACAAGUACUUCGACUACAGUGGCACCUUCGACUACAGUUGAAUCUACAACCAAUUCCACAACCGAUGAAUCUUCUACCACUGGAGGAUCUUCAACAACGGGAGGAUCUUCAACAACGGGAGGAUCUUCCACAACUGGAGGUUCUUCAACAACUGGAGGAUCUUCAACAACGGGAGGUUCUUCCACAACGGGAGGAUCUUCCACAACGGGCUCAACCACAACAGGCUCAUCAACAACAGGAGGGGUCGUUUCAUCUUCCCGAAUUAAAGUAAAAAAAGGAUAUUUACCAGCAACAACAUCCAAUCCAUUUUACUCGUACUACAAUCAGCUCCAGAGUAGCCCCAUUUCAACUCCAACUGUAUUAAGUUUAGAAGACCUGCCCUCAGAUUCUGGCGUUCUUCGCCCUGAUCUUCAAUUAACAGUUCAAUCGGCUCCUCAAUCCAUGACGACGCUGUGUCACAAUUAUCCAAGACUUUGUGCUCAGCCGGAGGAGGCCCAAUAUGUACGCUUAACCGAUGGAUUUGGCAAGCCAAUGCUUCUUAUAUCGCCGGGAGGAAUUACGAAGCCAACACUUUUCUCGACACCCACAGCGAAUAACAUUUUCUCAAAUUCAAGACCCCUGAAACUGCAGACAUCACGACAGAAAAAACCUUCUAGGAAUAAAUAUAUUUACCGGUUAAUUAAAAAGAGAACAAAUCAAAGAUCAUAA